CUUCUACUACUUUAUGAGAAAGAAGUGUCCCUGUCACAUACAGGAAAAAAAAUGCUCUUUUGGGUAUUAGCCCUCCUAAUCCUCUGUGGUUUCCUGUGGAAUUAUAAAGGACAACUAAAGGUUGCAAACAUCACGGAUAAAUACAUUUUCAUCACUGGAUGUGAUACUGGCUUUGGAAACUUGGCAGCCAGAACUUUUGAUAAAAAAGGAUUUCACGUAAUUGCUGCCUGUCUGACUGAAUCAGGAUCAACAGCUUUAAAGGCAGAAACCUCGGACAGACUUCACACUGUGCUUCUGGAUGUAACUGACCCAGAGAAUGUCAAGAGGGCUGCCCAGUGGGUGAAGAACCAAGUUGGGGAGAAAGGCCUCUGGGGUCUGAUCAACAACGCUGGUGUUCUUGGUGUGCUGGCUCCCACCGACUGGCUGACAGUGGAGGACUACAGAGAACCUAUUGAAGUGAACCUGUUUGGACUCAUCAACGUGACAUUAAACAUGCUCCCCUUGGUCAAAAAAGCUCAAGGGAGGGUAAUCAAUGUCUCCAGCAUUGGGGGGCGGCUUGCAUUCGGCGGAGGGGGCUAUGCUCCAUCCAAAUAUGCAGUGGAAGGCUUCAAUGACAGCUUAAGACGGGACAUGAAAGCUUUUGGUGUGCAUGUCUCAUGCAUCGAACCAGGAUUGUUCAAAACAGAAUUGUCAGACCCAGUAAGGACAACUGAAAAAAAACUCGCCAUUUGGAAGCAUCUGCCUUCGGACAUCAAACAACAAUACGGAGAAGGUUACAUUGAAAAAAGUCUAGACAAACUGAAAGGCACUACCUCCUUUGUGAACGCGGACCUCUCUCUGGUGGUGGAGUGCAUGGACCAUGCUCUAACUAGUGUCUUCCCCAAGACUCGUUAUACUGCUGGAAAAGAUGCCAAGACUUUCUGGAUACCUGUGUCUCACAUGCCAGCAGUUUUGCAAGACUUUUUAUUGUUGAAACAGAAAGUAGAGCUGGCUAAUCCCAAAGCAGUGUGA